AUGGGGAAUGCGGCAGGGGGAAUAGAGCAGGCAGAUGGCCGGGAGGCCAAGCACUCUGUGGGGUCAGGAACGGGCCUGAGUGACCCCACCCCGACCCUGCAGAAGAAGCAUUCUGCUCCCCCCAAGCUGCCCGUGCCCUCAGAGGAGGAGCUGGAGGAGCGCUUCAGUGUGGUUCUGGUGAGUGGCAGGACAGGAGGGGAGACACACAUCAUGCAUAUCAACACACAGAAAUACAGGCACAUCACACAGGAAUUUAGUUGCAUCACACACCUACUGUAUUGCACUGAUAUCUAAAGUAGCAGGUAAAAUCCCUCACUUAAAUAUGCUGGGUGCCAAAUGUCUGAGAGAAAAUACAUUCAGUUUUACAUUUGAAUUCUGUCAAGGUAAUUCUGGUUCCUGUUAAAAAACAAUGCCGUCUCUCUCACUGCAGCCAGUCAUGUUAGUAAAGAGAGCUGACAUUUUGUUGGCCUCAAUCCCAUCCAAAAGCUCACAUCCUCUUUUAGAUAUUUUGAAAUGGGCCUCUCUGCUCAGCCUGUGUUCAAAUGAUGUCAUAGACUGCAGUCUGCACUCUUAGAGGAACUGGAGACACCAUGAAGGCAAGGUGCUGGAUUGAGCAAUAGAUUUAGCAUGAAAGAGACCACAAGACUAAGACAGGAAGGCAAAUGUUUCUCAAAUAUUUCAACAUGUCAUUUCCCAUCAGUUAACACCUAUGGAGGACAACAUAAUGCUAUCAAUCCAAUACUAGAAUAAUAUAAUUAUAAAUGUCACCUUGUCCUAGAGAGAUUUACAUGGUUAUCAAAAUGUCAUGCCAGGGUAAGCUUAUACGAAACACAGCCCUUAUUUUCAGUGUUUAUAAAAUCCCCUAUGGGAAAAAUGAAUGGUGGAAAACAAUUGGAACCAUUUCCUUGUUUGACUGAUAGGUUUUAUGGGUAUUAUGACUCAUACUGUGGUACCCAUAUAGGGUCUCUAAAUUGAGAAAUGUUCCAGAAAUGUUCCAGAAAUGUAAACUCAGUCGUUUACAUUUUCCAGUGAUGAAGACAUGGAUGUCUCAUGGUAGGGUGAGGAUAUAAAAAAUGGGCAAACUUUGAGCACCUCUAUCUCCUAAAGGUUUUGUCAUUCAGGUCCAAAGAAAUCACUUUCUGUCCACUUCUACCAUAGGAAAAUUUGUAUGGGACGUUUAGUUCAUAUCAAAAGGGGUGAGGUCAAAACGUUUUUGAAAUCAAAUGGAACGACCCAUACCCCAAAAUGUAGGUGUGUGCGUGUGUGUGUGCAUGCUUGCGUGUGUGUGUGUGUGCAUACUUGCGUGUGUGUGUGCGCGCGUGCAUUCAUGUGUACAACCCAUGUGCACAUAAGAGUAUACAGUGCCUUCGGAAAGUAUUCAGACCCCUUGACCUUUUCCACAUUUUGUUAUGUCACAGCCUUAUUCUAAAAUUGAUUAAAUUGUUUUUUUCCCCCUCAUUAAUCUACACACAAUACCCCAUAAUGACAAAGCAAAAACAGGUUUUUAGAAAUGUUGCUAAUUGAUUAAAAAUCAAAAAAUUAAAUAUCACAUUUACAUAAGUAUUCAGACCCUUUACUCAGUACUUUGUUGAAGCACCUUUGGCAGCGAUUACAGCAUCGAGUCUUCUUGGGUAUGACGCUUCAAGCUUGGCACACCUGUAUUUGGGAAGUUUCUCCCAUUCUUCUCUGCAGAUCCUCUCAAGCUCUGUCAGGUUGGAUGGGGAGCGUCGCUGCACAGCUAUUUUCAGGUCUUUCCAGAGAUGUUCGAUCAGGUUCAAGUCCAUGCUUCACCGUAUUGAUGGUGCCAGGUUUCCUCCAGACGUGACGCUUGGCAUUCAGGCCAAAGAGUUCAAUCUUGGUUUCAUCAGAUCAGAGAAUCUUGUUUCUCAUGGUCUGAGAGUCUUUAGGUGCCUUUUGGCAAACUCCAAGUGGGCUGUCAUGUGCCUUUUACUGAGGUGUGGCUUCUGACUGGCCACUCUACCAUAAAGGCCUACUUGGUGGAGUGCUGCAGAGAUGGUUGUCUUUCUGGAAGGUUCUCCCAUCUCCACAGAGGAACUCUAAAGCUCUGUCAGAGUGACCAUCGGGUUCUUGGUCACCUCCCUGACCAAGGCCCUUCUCCCCCGAUUGCUCAGUUUGGCCAGGCGGCCAGCACUAGGAAGAGUUUUGGUGGUUCCAAACUUCUUCCAUUUAAGAAUGAUGGAGGCCACUGUGUUCUUGGGGACCUUCAAUGCUGCAGACAUUUUUUGGUACCCUUCCCCAUAUCUGUUCCCCGACACAAUCAUGUCCCGGAGCUCUACGGACAAUUCCUUCGACCUCAUGGCUUGUUUUUUUUAUUUUCUUUAACAUGCACUGUCAACUGUGGGACCUUAUAUAGACAGGUGUGUGCCUUUCCAAAUCAUGUCCAAUCAAUUGAAUUUAACACAGGUAGACUCCAAUCAAGUUGUAGAAACAUCUCAAGGAUGAUCAAUGGAAACAGGAUGCGCCUGAGCUCAAUUUCGAGUCUCAUAGCAAAGGGUCUGAAUACUUAUGUAAAUAAGGUAUUUAUGUUUUAUAUUUGUAAUACAUUUGCAAAAAUUAUGGGGUAUUGCUGAGGAUUAUUUAAAAACAAAGUGUGGAGAAAAUCAAGGUGUCACGCCCUGACUCUGGGGACUCGUAUAUGUUGAGUCAGGGUGUGUAUGUUCUAUGUGGUGUAUUUCUAUGUUGGGUUUCUAUUAUGUGUAGAUCUAUGUUGGCCGGUGUGGUUCCCAAUCAGAGGCAGCUGUAGCUCGUUGUCUCUGAUUGGGGACCAUACUUAGGCAGCCUAUUGGCACUAGUGGGUUGUGGGAUCUUGUUCCAGUUAAGGUAUGUUGUGUUGUGCUGCCUUGGACUUCACGUUUCGUUUUGUUGUUUUGUCGGUUGUUUAUUCCUUUAAAUAAACAUGUAUGCAUAUCACGCUGCGCCUUGGUCUGACCCGUUCAUGAACGAACGUGACAGAAGAUCCCAACAAACGAGGACCAAGCAGCGUGUUAAGGAGCAAACGCCGGGAAGUCAACGGGAGGUUACAUUAGUAGAUGUCCUCCUCGGUUUGGGGAGAAUUACAGAGGAGGAGGCCGUCCGUUACCGGAAGGCGACGAAGGUAGAUACCCAGGCAGGAGAGGUGCAACGGCAACGCAGAGGACGCCGGUCGAGGAGGAAGCCCGAGAGACAGCCCCAAUAUUUUAUUUUGGGGGGGGCUAAAGGGGUGGUCGGGGAGCGAGAGAGAGGAGCCCCGACCACUGCACCCGGUCGGUUUUCAGAUUGGGUCCCUACGACCAUGGGAAGAGGAGUGGGAACAGUAUUAUACUGAGGAGUCGGAGGAUGACGACGACGACGAGGUUCUGUUCCCUAACUCGUGGGGGCACCCGGAGGAGUCCUCACGGGAAGAAGAGUGCCCACGACAGAGACCAGAGAGGCAACCCCAAGAACAUUUUGGGGGGGGCACACGUUGUGGACGACAAGGCAGCAGGAGGCCGUUAAAGGGCGGGUCUGCAGGUUAGGAGAGGAGGCCACUCCUACAGGAGGCUAUAAGGGAGAAGGAAAGUGUAGAGGCACGGCGAGAGGAGCUGGUUAGGCAGCAGAAGGAGCGGGGGUUAAUAAAGGAACCCAGUUCAGCUCCUUGCACCAAGCAAGUGGUGCGUGUCGCCAGUCCGGUCCGGCCCGUUCCUGCUUCCUGCACUAAGCCAGUGGUGCGUGUUCCCAGUACGGCCCGACCCGUUCCUGCCCCUCGCACCAAGACAGUGGUGCGCGUCGCCAGCCCGGUCCGGCCUGUUCCUGCUCCUCGCACCAAGCCAGUGGCUCUGGGGACUCGUAUAUGUUGAGUCAGGGUGUGUAUGUUCUAUGUGGUGUAUUUCUAUGUUGGGUUUCUAUUAUGUGUAGGUCUAUGUUGGCCGGUGUGGUUCCCAAUCAGAGGCAGCUGUAGCUCGUUGUCUCUGAUUGGGGACCAUACUUAGGCAGCCUAUUGGCACUAGUGGGUUGUGGGAUCUUGUUCCAGUUAAGGUAUGUUGUGUUGUGCUGCCUUGGACUUCACGUUUCGUUUUGUUGUUUUGUCGGUUGUUUAUUCCUUUAAAUAAACAUGUAUGCAUAUCACGCUGCGCCUUGCUCUGACCCGUUCAUGAACGAACGUGACACAAGGGGUCUGAGUACUUUCCGAAGGCACUGUAUGUCUUUCUGAGUGUGUAUGUGGGUAAUAUGUGUGUAUGAGUAACCUCAUGUCUGUAUGUACAGCGUGUGGUCCUCUGUAGCUCAAUUGGUAGAGCAUGGCGCUUGUAACGCCAGGGUAAUGGGUUCGAUCCCCGGGACCACCCAUAUGUAAAAAUUUAUGCACACAUGACUGUAAGUCGCUUUGGAUAAAAGCGUCUGCUAAAUGGCAUGUUAUAUUAUUAUUUAUAUUCACAUACAUAUUGUGUACAUUUAGUUUUUUGUUGCUAGUCUUUGUCCCUCAAAAUCCACCAUCGGUCUCUCCCAUACUGUACCCCACCCAAACACUAUAGCUAUGUCCCCAGCAAAGCCACACUUACUGGGGCACACGUCAUCCUCAGAGGUUUGUUAACGUGUAUAGAGGAAACCACAAACUAUUGUUUGAGAACAUUCAAUUCCGUAUAUCUAACCACAGUCCAUCCACACCCUUCUUAGUAGGCCCAAGACUGCCUCGACUAAAACAUCACUCAUCUAAAAUGCCUUAAAUAACUUUCAUUAGCUGUUAGUUUGGCUGACAACAUCUAUGGUGUUAUUAUGUGUGGCGUGUCACAUGAGAAUGAUGCUUACUAAAAUAUUGUAUUUCACCAUGUUAAUCAAUAGACAUGACAGAGUUGAAUCAGCUUCUUGUGAUAUACAGUACCAGUCAAAAGUUUGGACACACCUACUCAUUUCAGGGUUGUUCUUUUAUAUUUACUAUUUUCUACGUUGUAGAAUAAUAGUGAAGACAUCAAAACUAUGAAAUAACACAUAUGGAAUCAUGUAGUAAUCAAAAAAGUGUUAAACAAAUCAAAAUAUAUUUUAUAUUUUAGAUUCUUCAAAGCAGUCUCCCUUUGCCUUGAUGACAGCUUUGCACACUCUUGGCAUUCUCUCAACCAGCUUCAUGAGGUAGUCACCUUCUUAAUGCGUUUGAGCCAAUCAGUUGUGUUGUGACAAGGUAGGGGUAGUAUACAGAAGAUAGCCCUAUUAGGUAAAGAAAUUCCACAAAUUAACUUUUAACAAGGCACACCUGUUAAUUGAAAUGCAUUCCAGGUGACUACCUCAUGAAGCUGGUUGAGAGAAUGCCAAGAGUGUGCAAAGCUGUCAUCAAGGCAAAGGGUGGCUACUUUGAAGAAUCUCAAAUAUAUUUUGAUUUGUUUAACACUUUUUUGGUUACUACAUGAUUCCAUAUGUGUUAUUUCAUAGUUUUGAUGUCUUAACUAUUAUUCUACAAUGUAGAAAAUAGUAAAAAUAAAGAAAAACCUUUGAAUGAGUAGGUGUGCCCAAACUUUUGACUGGUACUGUAUACACACACCAUAUUUUCUUGUAGAAGGGCCACGUGGCUCACCUGUCAUAGAGACGAAUAUCUAUUGAAUCAAUCAGGUUAAAUCCACUUGAAUGUAACAGCAACUCACUCAAACAGGCCAUGACUAAAGGACUACUGUAUAGGCAAGCUAUGCUCAAUGAUGAAUGGAGGAGCAUUAUCUGUAUGUGUUAGAAAAUGCUCAUGACUAGACCUGAUACAUGCUCAUAGAUGGUUUCCAUUAGUUACCAACAAUACAUGUAAACAGUGAGUCAUCUCUGUGGUGUAGGAUGAUGAUAGCAUUCACUGAUAACUCUGGUGGGGACAUCUGUGGUUUCUGAUCACAUUUGAACAGCAUGGCACGAACAGGAAGCGUUAUGACAAUGUGCACAAGAGUGUUGGCUGGUUGGUAGUGAAGAAAGAAAUGAAAAAAAUAUUUUAUUUAAGAUUAUAUUAUUAUGCAGGCACUGCUUAAUUUAAGUCUAUUGAGUAACAUGUCGUUGUAGACCGGUCAGAGUUAAUUUAAAUACAAGAUCCCCAAAGACCCCAGUUGUAAUCACAAUAACAGUUUAAAGUCAUUAUUGAUGUAGGUUUUUGAAGUGCAUCUUAUUCUAUUCUCAGAGCUAUAUGAACCUGCCUCCAGACAAGCUGAAGCUGUUGAGUCAGUACGACAAUGACAAGAAGUGGGAGCUGAUCUGUGAUCAGGUAAGAACAUUACAUCUUGUUGGGCGCCUUAUAUGGGGUGAUUGGUUCAUGCAUUAGUAUAUACACAGUUCUACAUGAUUGGGUAACGCUUUAUUUCAGCGGUCCAUAAUAAACAAUUUAUUAAUCAUUACUCCCACAUUUAUGAAUAAUCAUAAGUAAAGUAUUUUUGCAGUCCCUAAUCUAAAGCAAGCACUAUUUAACCAUAACCAUAACCCUUACCUAACCUAACCUAACCUAACCUAACCAUAACCAUAACCAUAAAUGGUGUGUCAUAUUUUAGUAAAUACCUAAUAAAUGGUUUGUUACGGAUCGUUAAAAUAAAGUGUAACCCAUGAUUGUAUCUGAGAGGAAGUGUUAUAAAAACACAGCAUACGGAAAUAACUGUGAAGAAAAAUAAAUAUGUAUUGCUGGUGUCCAGUUGCCAAUAUGUAAUGUAGGUCAGAGUGCAAAAGGUCAUAUAGUCUGUUUCUACCACAACACUAAAACUCUGAUGGGUUCCUGUGGUAAGCACGUUUGCCCUCAGCAGGUUGGCAUGGUAACAAAGUGGUUUACGGUGCUUGUUGUGUUUGACUGUGUUAUUUUUCCUCUCACUCACCCUCCUCCCCUCAUCCCCUUCUCCUUCCUCCCUCCGUUCUGUGUGGUCAGGAGCGGUUCCAGGUGAAGAACCCCCCCUCUACCUAUCUGACCAAGAUCAAGAGCUUCUACCAGGACCAAGGAGGAGUGACCCGCAGGGUGGGUGUACAGUACCUCCCUUCCCGCUCACGUUCAUAGAGCUUCUAGUCAUUCUCACCGUAGCCAGGGAUUUCAAGAACUAAAUAUGCGUGUUUUGGAACAAUGGGAUAACAAUAUUACAUCUACAGUAGUAGUACAUCCUUGCAUUUUAUGACAAAGCCACUAAGCGAGUAAUAUAAGGCCAGUCUCAUUAGCAUAACUACUGAACUACGGAUAUAAAGGUUUGUGAGUUUCCUUAAUUCAUAGAGCUUCUCUGUAUGGUUUUGGCCUAUUUCAGUUCAAGAGGCAGGUCCAGGAGUCCACCCAGGUACUGAGAGAGCUGGAGAUCUCCCUCCGCACCAAUCAUAUUGGGUGAGUGACUGGACCAGGAUUAGCCUCUGCCGAGUCCCGAACGACCGGAAGUUCUGGUUUUCUGGGGAAAUGGAAAGAGAGCCUGUGACGCGACUUCCGCUUUUGGACGUUAACAAGGCGACUCUCCAUCUUAACUACUCCUCCACAUUUACUGGAUUGGUUGAACAAUGCAGAAGAGAACCUCCCCCGACAGUUUUUUUUCUUCUUCUCGUCAAGACCAGUAUGUACGGGAUCUAGUUUCAGGCGUUUCUUUUACGCCUGCUAUGUUAGGUUUGACCAGGACUGGUCCAGCAGGUAUCCCAUUAGUCAGUACGACUGACUCAACUGUCCUUAAAGUAGUAUUGGGUUCUAAUUCUCUUUCUCUCUAUAUAGCUGGGCCCAGGAGUUUCUGAAUGAGGAGAACCAGGGUUUGGAUGUAUUAGUGGACUACCUGUCCUAUGCCCAGUGUGACGCUUCGUGAGUAUCCCUUGCAGCCUCCCAUUCAGUCUUAACAGAAUCCCAUACUGUAUCAAUGAGACAUAGAUUAAUGCUUGAUUAUCUACAGUGAUGGAAAAAAGUAUUUGAUCCCCUGCUGAUUUUGUAAGUUUGCCCACUGACAAAAAAUGAUCAGUCUAUAAUUUUAAUGGUAGGUUUAUUUGAACAGUGAGAGACAGAAUAACAACAAAAAAAUCCAGAAAAACGCAUCUAAAAAAUGUUAUAAAUUGAUUUGCAUUUUAAUGAGGGAAAUAAGUAUUUGACCCCCUCUCAAUCAGAAAGAUUUCUGGCUCCCAGGUGUUGUUUAUACAGGUAACGAGCUGAGAUUAGGAGCACACUCUUAAAGGGAGUGCUCCUAAUCUCAGCUUGUUACCUGUAUAAAAGACACCUGUCCACAGAAGCAAUCAAUCAAUCAGAUUCCAAACUCUCCACCAUGGCCAAGACCAAAGAGCUCUCCAAGGAUGUCAGGGACAAGAUUGUAGACCUACACAAGGCUGGAAUGGGCUACAAGACCAUCGCCAAGCAGCUUGGUGAGAAGGUGACAACAGUUGGUGCGAUUAUUCGCAAAUGGAAGAAACACAAAAUAACUGUCAAUCUCCCUCAGCCUGGGGCUCCAUGCAAGAUCUCACCACGUGGAGUUGCAAUGAUCAUGAGAACGGUGAGGAAUCAGCCCAGAACUACACGGGAGGAUAUUGUCAAUGAUCUCUAGGCAGCUGGGACCAUAGUCACCAAGAAAACAAUUGGUAACACACUACGCCGUGAAGGACUGAAAUCCUGCAGCGCCCGCAAGGUCCCCCUGCUCAAGAAAACACAUAUACAUGCCCGUCAGAAGUUUGCCAAUGAACAUCUGAAUGAUUCAGAGGAGAACUGGGUGAAAGUGUUGUGGUCAGAUGAGAUCAAAAUGGAGCUCUUUGGCAUCAACUCAAUUCGCCGUGUUUGGAGGAGGAGGAAUGCUGCCUAUGACCCCAAGAACACCAUCCCCACCGUCAAACAUGGAGGUGGAACAUUAUGCUUUGGGGGUGUUUUUCUGCUAAGGGCCAUGUACCGUCAAAUCUUGGGUGAGAAUCUCCUUCUCUCAGCCAGGGCAUUGAAAAUGGGUCGUGGGUGGGUAUUCCAGCAUGACAAUGACCCAAAACACACGGCCAAGGCAACAAAGGAGUGGCUCAAGAAGAAGCACAUUAAGGUCCUGGAGUGGCCUAGCCAGUCUCCAGACCUUAAUCCCAUAGACAAUCUGUGGAGGGAGCUGAAGGUUUGAGUUGCCAAAUGUCAGCCUCGAAACCUUAAUGACUUGGAGAAGAUCUGCAAAGAGGAGUGGGACAAAAUCCCUCCUGAGAUGUGUGCAAACCUGGUGGCCAACUACAAGAAACGUCUGACCUCUGUGAUUGCCAACAAGGGUUUUGCCACCAGGUACUAAGUCAUGUUUUGCAGAGGGGUCAAAUACUUAUUUCCCUCAUUAAAAUGCAAAUCAAUUUAUAACAUUUUUUACAUGCGUUUUUCUGGAUUUUGUUGUUGUUAUUCUGUCUCUCACUGUUCAAAUAAACCUACCAUUAAAAUUAUAGACUGAUAAUUUUUUGUCAGUGGGCAAAUGUACAAAAUGAGCAGGGGAUCAAAUACCUUUUUCCCUCACUGUAUAUGUGACUAUAUGUUUGUGUAUUUGGGAAUGUAUCAAUAGGUUUGACAGGGAGGGUGCUGAGAAUGGGGGAACACUGUCAGAGAGAGGGAAGCCAGCGGAGAGGUCCAUGGAGGACCUGAAUAAGAGUGCAGGAAGCCCCCCUACACAUGGCAUGACCAGAGCAGCCCGCGCCCUAACCGUACGGUAAGAACCAUCAGCCGUAAUGAGACCCGAGUCUCACCCAAAAUAUUCUACUGCAAAGUGACCACCAUCUCUUCCAUCCUCUCAAUAUCUUCUUUGCAGGAUAACCUCUCUGGCACAGAGUAGGAGAACUCAGAAGAGCUCUAGAUUGACCAGUCAUAGGGACGACGUCCAUGUGUGCAUCAUGUGUCUGCGUGCCAUCAUGAACUACCAGGUGUGUGUUUGUGUGUGUGUUGUGCGGUGUGUGUGCAUGACCGUGAUAUGGAGUUUGAAAUAGUGAAAUUACAGAGCUGAUUAUCACUUUUUCAGUCGGGCUUCAACCAAGUGAUGACACACCCACGCUGUGUCAACGAGAUCACUCUCAGUCUCAACAACAGGAACCCCAGGUAUGAACACCUGUGUGUGUGUGUGCAUGUGUGUGUGCAUGCUUGUGCAUGUGUGUGUGUGUGAUGUGAUAUGAUAUUCCUGGUCUCUACAGAACCAAAGCCCUGGUGUUGGAGCUGUUGGCUGCUGUGUGUCUUGUGAGGGGCGGUCAUGACAUCAUUCUCGCUGCCUUCGACAACUUCAAGGAGGUGAAGGGAUUUACCAAACUUAGACACACUAGAACAGACUUUACUUGACCAAUAUGUACUGUAUGUCAUCUGUGAUGUGGAUGACAGAUGUGGACAUCUGUUGAAGUGCAUGACCGUGUUACUGAAACAAGGAACGUCUGUCCCAUGUCUUUUCACUCAGGUGAGCGGAGAGAAGAACCGCUUUGAGAAACUGAUGGAGUACUUUAGCAACGAUGACAGCAACAUUGACUUCAUGGUACGUGGACACAAAACGGUUUUAAAUCUACUGGCUGAUGUGUUGACAUUGCUCACAAUGUAGUUCUGAAAGGUUAAAGAUCAAAUAUGAUGAUCCCUCUCUUCAGGUGGCCUGUAUGCAGUUCAUUAACAUUGUGGUGCAUUCGGUGGAGAAUAUGAACUUCCGUGUUCACCUGCAAUAUGAGUUCACUCACCAUGGACUGGACCAGUACUUAGAGGUAAGCUCUCAUCUCAUUGUGGAAAAUCAAACAGUCACAACCACAAAACCAACUCCUUAAAACUGAAAUGAAACCGCCAUGAUAAAGAUGAUAAUUUGUGUGUGUGUGUGUGUCAGACUCUGAAGCUGACAGAGAGUGAGAAGCUGCAGGUUCAGAUUCAGGCCUACUUGGACAACGUGUUUGAUGUGGGGGCUCUGCUGGAGGAUGCAGAGAACAGGGGUGGGGUGCUGGACCAUGUGGAAGAACUGCAGGAGCAUAACACACAGGUCAGUGAAACAUACUGUACACACACAGUCUGAUUCAUUCAAAUCACACAUCUAAACAAUGUCAGCAAUUAUUCUAUGACUCGGUCUGUGACCUCCAAAUGAUGUGUUGUGUCGUGUUGUGUCAUGUGUUGUGUUGUGUCAUGUGUUGUGUUGUGUCAUGUUGUGUCGUGUUGUGUCAUGUGUUGUGCUGUGUCGUGUUGUGUUGUGUUCUGUCAUGUUGUGUUGUGUUGUGCUGUGUUGUGUCAUGUUGUAUUGUGUCGUGUUGUCGUGUUGUGUUGUGUUUUUGUAGCUGAGUGCCAGGCUAGAGGAGAUUGAGAGCCAGUCUGCAGAGAGGAUGGCUGAACUAGAGAAACAGCUCCUCCAAGCCACCAAGGAGACAGAGCUGCUCAAGGUCUGCACUGUACAGUUAACUGAGGAUUGUUUACAAUAUAGUGUAUCAGACAGAAAGGUAUGUGUGUGAUUGUGUGAUGAUAACUUUUCCUUGCCUUUGUGUGUGCGGCUGACAGGGGAACCUGCGGGACUCCUGUUCCCAGGUCAGUUCUCUGCAGCAGAGAGAGAGGGAGAGGGAGAUAAGCCAGGAGAGGGAGCGGGACAGAGAGCGUCUAAGCCAACCCUCCUCUGAGCUGGAACUCAAGGUGCAGGAGCUGCAGGACCGAGGGCUGAUCCGCCUGGGACGCACCCCCUCUGGGGCCCUAGACCUCCAGGUGGUGCCUGUCACCAUCAUCGAGUACGUCCCCGCCCCAGCCUCUGAGCCCAUGCUCAGCUCCACUGGACCUACUGGCCCAGACGUCCCUGAUGCCACUCCCUCCUCAGCCAUCUCUGCUGUCCCCCUCCUCCUCCUCCUCCUCCCCCACCCCCUCCACCUUCUGGGCCUGUUGGACCUAUUCCCCCACCCCCUCCACCUCCUCCUCCUCCCCCGCCUGGCUCUGGUGGCCCACCUCCCCCUCCUCCUCCCCCCAGGGGAGGUCCACCCCCACCUCCUCCUCCACCUGGCGCUGGACCCCCGCCCCCACCCGGAGGCCCACCUUCUGGAGACAGCCAAGCCGGUAAGGUGACUCUUAUCUGCUUUCAUUAGAGAUAUACAGAUAGAGUGGCUUGCGAAAGUAUUCACCCCCCUUGGCAUUUUUCCUAUUUUGUUGCCUUACAACCUGGAAUUAACCUAGGUUUGUAUCAUUUGAUUUACACAACAUACCUACUACCACUUUGAAGAUGCAAAAUAUUUUUUAUUGUGAAACAAACAAGAAAUAAGACAAAAAAAACUGAAAACUUGAGCAUGCAUAACUAUUCACCCCCUCUGGGCUUUGACUAGGCCAUUCCAAGACAUUUAAAUCUUUCCCCUUAAACCACUUGAGUGUUGCUUUAGCAGUAUGCUUAGGAUCAUUGUCCUGCUGGAAGGUGAACCUCCGUCCCAGUCUCAAAUCUCUGGAAGACUGAAACAGGUUUCCCUCAAGAAUUUCCCUGUAUUUCGCGGCAUCCAUCAUUCCUUCAAUUCUGACCAGUUUCCCAGUCCCUGCCGAUGAAAAACAUCCCCACAGCAUGAUGCUGCCACCACCAUGCUUCACUGUGGGAAUGGUGUUCUCGGGGUGAUGAGAGGUGUUGGGUUUGCGCCAGACAUAGAGUUUUCCUCGAUGGCCAAAAAGGGGUGAAAACAUAUGCACGCACCACUUUUCCGUUAUUUCUUUUUUUAGAAUUUUUUGAAACAAGUUAUUUUUUUCAUUUCACUUCACCAAUUUGGACUAUUUUGUGUAUGUCCAUUACAUGAAAUCCAUUUAAAUUACAGGUUGUAAUGCAACAAAAUAGGAAAAACGCCAAGGGGGUAACUGCCAAAAUAAAGGAAACACCAACAUAAAGUGUCUUAAUGGGGCGGUGGGCCACCACGAGCCAGAACCGCUUCAAUGCACUUUGGCAUAAAUUCUAGAAGUGUCUAGAACUCCAUUGGAGGGAUGUGAAACCAUUCUUCCAUGAGAAAUUCCAUCAUUUUGUGUUUUGUUGAUGGUGGUGGAAAACGCUGUUUUAGGAACCACUCCAGAAUCUCCCUUAAGUGUUCAAUUGGUUUGAGAUCUGGUUAACUGAGAAGUCAUGGCAUAUGAUUUACAUUGUUGUCAUGCUCAUCAAACCAUUCAGUGACCAUGCGUGCCCUGUGGGUAGGGGCAUUGUCAUCCUAUGGGGGCAUAGCUAUGGUAGCCAACAUAGUGGCCUGCCCAGCAUUUUUAUACAUGACCCUAAGCAUAAUAGGAAGUUAAUUCACUCAGGAACCACACCUGUGUGGAAGCACCUGCUUUCAAUAUACUUUGUAGCCCUCAUUUACUUAAGUGUUUCCAUAAUUCUGGCAGUUAUCAGUGGAGGCUGCUGAGGGGUGGACGGCUCAUAAUAAUUGCUGGAACAGAGCGAAUGGAAUGGCAUCAAACACCUGGAAAACCAUGUAUUUGAUACCAUUCCACCUAUUCCUCUCCAGCCAUUACCAAGAGCCUGUCCUCCCCAAUUAAGGUGCCACCAACCUCCGGUGUUAUAUGUAUAUAUAUAUAUAUAUAUAUAUAUAUAUAUAUAUUAAUGGUAGGUAGCGGUCUACAGCAGAUAUUAGAAGAUGAGAGAGGAAACCAUUCAUCUAGAGGAGAGAUUAAGAGAUUAGGGUAUGAGAAGUCAAAUAGGAGAGAGCUCCAUGCUAAUCAGAUUGUCAAUCAAUCUCAUGAAUCUGUAUGCGUCCAAUUUGCUGAAGGGUGAAAUGAGUGCAUUGGCGAUUGACAAAUGUGAUUGAUUCUCUCUCCUACUCUCUCUUUCUCUUUCUCUCUCUCUUUCUCUUAGGAGGUAAAAGCAGGAAGCCCAUCCAGACUAAGUUCCGGAUGCCUUUGCUCAACUGGCAGGCACUGAAGCCCAACCAGGUGACUGGCACGGUCUUCAACGAGCUGGACGAUGAGCAGGUCUUAGGGGUAAGACCAAACCUCCACACUGAUACUGGUGCUGACUGUGCUCUACUCUUCCAUUCUCCCUUCUCUCACCUUCCCUCUGACCCUCUUUCUACUCCUCUCUCUCCCCCUGUCUCUCUCUCCCCUCCUUACCCUCCCUCUUCCUCCCUCUCUAACCAUCUCUAUGUGUGUUGUGUCAGGAGCUGAACAUGGAGGCGUUUGAGGAGCAGUUUAAGACCAAGGCCCAGGGUCCUCCAGCAGCUCUGUCCACUCUGAAGGUCAAGGUGGCCCAGAAGGCCCCCAGCAAGGUCAACCUGAUCGAGGGCAACAAGGCCAAGAACCUGGCCAUCACGCUACGCAAGGGAGGCAGGAGCCCCGCAGACAUCUGCACAGCUAUAGAGACGUAUGGAACUCUAUCUUCUACUAUUCUGUGCCUUUCCUUAGUAAACAUCUUUCUCACACAUUUCAUUUAUUUUUUGUUCUAGUUAAUCCCUUCAUUCUCUUUCUCCUCAUCCCACCUUCCCCUAACACUCUUCUUUUGUCCAUUCCUUAUUAUCUUUCUUCUCUCUCUCCCUCCCUCCUUCUCUCCCUCCUUCUCUCCAGGUAUGACCAGCAGUCGUUGGGGCUGGACUUCCUGGAGCUGCUGGAGAGGUUUGUCCCGUCAGACUACGAGCUGAAGCUCCUCCAGAACUAUGAGAAGGAGGGCCGUCCGCUGGAUGAACUGUCAGAGGAGGACCGCUUCAUGAUGCGCUUUGGGAAGAUUCCUCGUCUGGCCCAGCGAAUCAACACCCUCACCUUCAUGGGCAACUUCCCCGAGAGCGUCAAACGUCUGCAUCCGGUAAGUCAGUUGCUCAGGCCAUACAAUGAAAUUGUAUCUGCACAACAAUGACUUUCUUCUGAAUCUGAUACUAUAGUCAUUCAUAAUCUCACCUACAGCAACUGAACUCUAUAAUCGCAGCAUCCAUGUCCAUUAAGUCCUCGGCCAAGCUGAAGAAGAUGUUAGAGGUGAGUGGAGGGCUUCCCUGUCCGUCACUGCUAACCUCCAAUCAGAGAGCCUCUUUAAACAGGCCUGCACUGUCUAUGUAACACAUUCUGUAUCUGGCUCCUCCCCUCCAGAUCAUCCUAGCCUUUGGGAACUACAUGAACAGCAGUAAGAGGGGUGCAGCCUUUGGGUUCCGCCUGCAGAGUCUGGACCUGGUGAGUACCCCUCUGCUCUUGAGGCAAAAUUGUUUCCCUUAUUUAACAUGAAUAGAACCAUCACUAAAAUGGAGAUUAACUGUCUGAAAUAGUAUGGCUUAAGCUCUGUAACGAUGAAUAAGUCACUAUUAGCUAAAGCCAGGUUUGGACUGUUGAGGGAGCUAUGGUAUGUUGAUAGGCAGGCCAGUCCGUCUUUGAGAGAUGACUCCAUCUGUCCCUCCAUUUGUCUCUGUCCUGUCAGCUGCUGGACACAAAGUCUACAGACCGCUCCCAGACCCUACUACACUUCAUCUCCAGCAUCGUCCAGGAGAAAUACCCUGAACUCAACAACUUCCACACUGAGCUGCACUUUGUGGACAAGGCUGGCCUAGGUGCGUGAACGCAAUCAACGCUUGCACGCAUGCACACACAUGCAUGCGCAAACACAUUUACACACAGCUUUAAAAAAUGCAGCCCUUCAUAGUGAGAAUAACUGACGCCCUGUUUCUCUCCUGUGUUUGUGUGUUUCAGUGUCUCUGGACAGUAUUCUUCAGGAUAUCCGCUCUCUGGAGAGGGGAAUGGAAGUGACGAAGAAGGAGUUCCUGGUGCAGGAAGACAACACAGUGCUGAAGGAUUUUGUCAAGGCAAACAGUGAAUUACUGGACUCUUUACUCAAAGACAGCAAGACCGCUCAGGUUGGAAUUCCAUAACAUUUGAACUUAAUAGACACAUCCAACAACAUCAUUCCACAGAAGAUGUUCAAUACCUAUUUUAUGAUGUGUGUGUGUCAUCUCUCCUCCUCUUCCUCUCUCACCUCCACCACUAGGAGGCAUAUGGCUCGGCGGUGGAGUAUUUUGGAGAGAACCCCAAGACCACGCAACCCUCCAUGUUUUUCCCUCUGUUUGUCCGCUUCAUGAAGGCCUAUAAGGUGAGGUGGUGCCCCCAUAAUGAGGCAGCACAGAGGGAAAGGAUAAUGAAAUAGCUCAUUAUAUUUCACUUGUGUCUAUUGUGGGUGCAUUUUGUAUUUAUAUGAAUGUUUGUUAAAGAGACAGUGCAGUCAAAAACGUGAUUUUCUUGUGUUUUAAAUAUAUUUUCCACACUAUGAGGUUGGAAAAAUACUGUGGAAUUGUGAAAAUUAUGAUGAUGCACUUUUAGUGUAAGAGCUAUUUGAAAAGACUGGCUGAAAUUUCAGCUUGUUUGGCUGUGUGGGAUUUUUGCACCACCUGGUAAAUUAAUAGACCAAUAAAAAAGAAAGUUUGCCCUCCUCUCUGCCAAUAGCAGCUAGUUUUCAGGUUACACAUCCCUCCUAUUAGGCUCCUCCAAUUAGGCCCCUCACUCAGACCACUUCCAGACAGUCCUAGCAAAAUUCUUGCUUGAGAAAUAGCAUUUUGCUAAGAAGCUAUUUUUGUUUCUUUUUACCAUUUUAAUUGAAAACAAUCACAGCAAGGUACUUAAUUGUUGCCCAGAAAUGAUUUGAUAUUGAGAUAAAACGGCUGCAUUGGACCUUUAAUGACCUGUUUUUGUGUCUGUGUCCCACACAGCAAGCAGAGCAGGAUAAUGAACAGAGGAAGAGACUGGAGGCCCAGAGCAGCGAGAACCAAGCAGAGUCUCCCUCCCCUAGAAAGAAAGAGGCUGCAGGACACAAGGUAUGACAAUAGACUAUAGACCGAUGCCCCAUACCAACUCAACCACCACAAUCUCUACAUUCAAUACAGUCAGUUAAAAAACUUCCCCUAUGACUGCUCGACCAGUGACUGGUCAUUCUAGUGUGGUCCAUACUACAUAUGCCAAUGUGUCAGCUUUACCCUUUGACCCCUGCCAGUCUCCCAUGAUGCCCAAGAUGGACCUGAUAGCGGAGCUGAAGAAAAGGCAGGUGAAGCCCCAGGUGAAGGAUGGGGCCCUGGAGGACAUCAUCACAGGUAUGACAAACCACUAUGGCUAGAAUACAUUAUGCACUAUAGUCUUAUAAGUCAUUAUAGUUUAUGAUCUAUAAAACAUCAGAGUUAAGGACGCUUAUAGUCAAUGUCAUAACACAUUAUAAGUGGGCUAUAAGGCACUAUAAAAUACAUUAAUGCUUUAUAUGUAUGUAAAUCACAAAGUGUUAUCACACUUUUCACCAGUACAUUCUGAGAUAGAUAUCCCUUGCUAAGUUUCAGUGGUUGUGUCUAUGUGCUUUGUCCCAGACCUGAGGAACUCCCCGUUCAGAGCAGCAGAUGGACGGAGACCAGCACAGCGUCAAGACACCUGAACAACUCCAGCUCCAAGACCCACAACUCCACUGAGAUUACUGUACACACACUCAAUAUCAAAGUGUAUGCAUACACAGAACACAAAUACAUACUUGUAUUGUACAUACACAAUACACAUACAUUAGUACUGGAGAUGAUGUAGCCUUUUACUUAUCAAUACACAUUUAAACAACAAUAUGAAUUGUCAAAAUAGAUACGCAAGGUAGAUGGAUUAUUUUAAAUAUGUUAUUGGACCAUAAACAGAUAUGGCUCAUUAACCUUUACGGACCAAAUAAUGAUGAUCCAAAAUUCUUUGACAAUAUAUAUAAUAAAUUAUCAAGCCUGCAAGCAAUUCAAGACAAUAUUGUUAUGGUGGGGGAUUAUAAUACUGUUUUAAAUAGCUCAAUGGACCGUAAAGGAAAUCACACCACAAACAAUCACCCACAUGCUCUUAAGGAAAUUGUGAAUGUCAUGGAUACAUUAGAAUUAGUAGAUAUAUGGAGGCUUAAAUAUACUGAUCUAGUGAGAGAUACAUGGCGGAGACUGAAUCAAGCUAGUCGUCUUGACUUCUUUCUUAUCUCAUUCUCGUUGGCACCAAAAGUUUAAAAAGUGUUGAUAGGGGACAGAAUGCGGUCGGACCAUCAUAUAAUAGGCAUAUACAUUACUCUUACUGAAUUUCCACGUGGGCGAGGAUAUAGGAAAUUUUAUCAAAGCCUAUUGGAUGAUAAUUUAUUUAUAAUUAGAACAAAUGAAUUUAUAACUGACUUUUUCCAACAUAACAUAGGUACAGCGAAUCCCCUUAUUGUAUGGGACACCUUUAAAUGUGCCUUUAGAGGCCAUGCAAUUCAGUACUCAUCUCGAAAACAAAAGCAAUUUAGGUCAAAAGAGUUUAUACUAAGAAAGGAAAUAGAAAGUCUAACAGAACAGAUAGAUGGCAAUCAAAACUGUAACAUAGAGGCUCAGAAUAAAUUAGAGGAAAAACAAAAAGAAAUUGAGAAACUUACUCAAGAAAGAUCAAGUGUAAUAUAUUAUAAAAAUAAAGCAAACUGGAUGGAAUAUGGGGAAAAAUGCAAAAAAAUAUUUUUUAAUCUUCAACAUAGGAAUGCUACCAAAAAGAACUUAAUGAAACUGGUUACAAUUGACGGAGUCACCCAUAAUUCACCAAAUGAUAUUUUGAAGGAAGAAACAAAGUACUUUAAGCAUAUGUUUUAUUUUCAGUCGCCUCCAUCUCCUCUAACUGAAGCUAAUUGUAGAGAUGUUUUUUCUAUUGAUAAUGUCAAAUUAACAGCCACACAGAAAGACUCAUGUGAAGGUGAAAUUACAGAGGAGGAACUUCUGGAUGCAAUUAAAGACUUUAAGUCUGGGAAAACUCCAGGGUUGGAUGGCAUACCAGUCGAGGUAUACCAAACCUUUUUUGAUAUACUAAGAGGACCGUUAUUAGCAUGUUUUAACCACUCCUAUGUAAAUGGUAGAUUAUCUGACACUCAAGAAGAAGGUCUGAUCUCAUUAUUACUGAAACAGGAUACAAGUGGAAAAUAUAAAGAUCCAGUCCAUUUACAAAAUUGGAGGCCCCUUACACUUCAGUGUUGUGAUGCAAAAAUCCUAGCAAAAUGUAUAGCGCAUAGAAUUAAAAAGGUAUUGUCGGAUAUUAUUCAUUCUAAUCAGACAGGUUUUUUACAUGGAAGAUACAUUGGAGAUAAUAUAAGGCAAGUAUUGGAAACAAUAGAACACUAUGGAAAAUAUGGGAAAACAGGCCUGCUAUUCAUCGCAGACUUCGAAAAGGCAUUUGAUAAAGUUCGACUGGGGUUUAUAUAUAAAUGCCUGGAGCAUUUCAAUUUUGGAGAAUCUCUUAUAAAAUGGGUCAAAAUCAUGUAUAGUAACCCUAGGUGUAAAUUAGUAAAUAAUGGCUAUUUCUCAGAAAGUUUUAAACUGUCAAGAGGAGUGAAACAAGGUUGUCCACUAUCGGCAUAUCUAUUUAUUGUGGCCAUCGAGAUGUUAGCUAUUAAAAUUUACAUUUUAGUCAUUUAGCAGACGCUCUUAUCCAGAGCGACUUACAGUUAGUGAGUGCAUACAUUAUUUUAUUUUUUUUCAUACUGGCCCCCCGUGGGAAUCAAACCCACAACCCUGGCGUUGCAAACACCAUGCUCUACCAACUGAGCUACAACUGAGCUACAAAGCAUGAUGUUUCCACCCCCAUGCUUCACAGUAGGUAUGGUGUUCUUUGGAUGCAACUCAGCAUUCUUUGUCCUCCAAACACGACGAGUUGAGUUUUUACCAAAAAGUUAUAUUUUGGUUUCAUCUGACCAUAUGACAUUCUCCCAAUCCUCUUCUGGAUCAUCCAAAUGCACACUAGCAAACUUCAGACGGGCCUGGACAUGUACUGGCUUAAGCAGGGGGACACGUCUGGCACUGCAGGAUUUGAGUCCCUGGCGGCGUAGUGUGUUACUGAUGGUAGGCUUUGUUACUUUGGUCCCAGCUCUCUGCAGGUCAUUCACUAGGUCCCCCCGUGUGGUUCUGGGAUUUUUGCUCAUCGUUCUUGUGAUCAUUUUGACCCCACGUGGUGAGAUCUUGCGUGGAGCCCCAGAUCGAGGGAGAUUAUCAGUGGUCUUGUAUGUCUUCCAUUUCCUAAUAAUUGCUCCCACAGUUGAUUUCUUCAAACCAAGCUGCUUACCUAUUGCAGAUUCAGUCUUCCCAGCCUGGUGCAGGUCUACAAUUUUGUUUCUGGUGUCCUUUGACAGCUCUUUGGUCUUGGCCAUAGUGGAGUUUGGAGUGUGACUGUUUGAGGUUGUGGAUAGGUGUCUUUAAUACUGAUAACAAGUUCAAACAGGUGCCAUUAAUACAGGUAACGAGUGGAGGACAGAGGAGCCUCUUAAAGAAGAAGUUACAGGUCUGUGAGAGCCAGAAAUCUUGCUUGUUUGUAGGUGACCAAAUACUUAUUUUCCACCAUAAUUUGCAAAUAAAUUCAUAAAACAUCCUACAAUGUGAUUUUCUGGAGAAAAAAAUUCUCAAUUUGUCUGUCAUAGUUGACGUGUACCUAUGAUGAAAAUUACAGGCCUCUCUCAUCUUUUUAAGUGGGAGAACUUGCACAAUUGGUGGCUGACUAAAUACUUUUUUCCCCCACUGUAUAUAUAUAAAUAUAUAUAUAUAUAUAUAUAUAUAUAUAUAUAUAUAUAUAUAUAUAUAUAUAUAUAUAUAUAAUAUAAUUAUUGUAAAAUUAACUCUGUCCAUAAGGUGUAGAUAGUAAGUAUAGACCGGAAGUAGAGGCCUGGGCAUUGUUGUUCACUAAUUUACUCCAAGUAGGGAAAGGAUGGCGGGGUUGAAAAGUAAUAAAGGGGAGUAUAUAUAUAAAAAACAUGGGGGAUUGGAAGUGAUGCAGACAAUUACAUUGAUAGAAGAUACAAUCUAUCUGCAAUAUUAAGCUGAUCCACCCCCCCCCCCCAAAAAAAAAAAUAUAUAUAUAUGAAUUUACUCUGCAAAUAGAACACAGAGUUUAAGCUAUACGUCAUGAGCAAAUGUGUAACAUAGAAAUACAUCUAUGCAUGUUUAACCAUUAUCCAUUUAGCU